AUGGAAAGUGCAAACCUUACGUUAGAAACAAAGGAUGGAAAUCGCUUGGACAUGAGAGUGCUGGUAGUGCCGAAAAUAUCAACGCCGCUUAAUACACACGUUACGUCUUCGGUUUUGAACCUACCCCACCUUAAAGACCUGAAGCUCGCUCAGUCCACCGAUGAUGCCGUCAUAUCCCUUGAUGUUCUUAUCGGUGCUGACUAUUACUGGAGCGUAAUCGGUGACAACGUCGUGAGAGGCAAAGGACCGACGGCGGUCUCGUCGGUUUUUGGAUACGUUCUUUCAGGUCCAACCCACGAGGGACCAUCAGCCGAAACUCGCACUGCUGUGAUGAACAUUGUUACUGACAUCUCUCUGGAAGAAAAGGUCAUGUCCAAUUACUGGGAUCUGGAGAGCAUCGGGAUCAAAGAUGAUUGUAGCGUUCAUCCUACCCUCCGAGACGCAUUUGAAAGCUACCGAGACAACAAGAUCAGGCGAAAUGAGGAUACAGGACAGUACAUUGCCAGUCUUCCAUGGGCAGACGACCACCCCCCUCUACCAACCAAUUUCGCAGUGACCAAAGCAAGAACACGAUCUAUGGUAAGGAAAUUGACGCCGGAAUUACGCUCAGUAUACCAUAAGAUAAUUCGAGAACAAUUAGAUCGCAACUUCGUCUCCCAAGUGUCAGAUGCUGACCCCUGCCGCGGCCAUUAUCUCCCGCAUCACCCCGUGAAGAAGGACUCAGCGACUACCCCCAUUCAGAUAGUAUAUGACUGUAGUUGCAGCCAGGGAAGGGGAAAUCCGUGCUUGAAUAAUUGCUUGGAGCCAGGGCCACCACUUUUAAACGAUCUCAGUGACAUUCUCCUUAGAUUCCGUGUCAACAAUGUCGGCCUCUCAAGUGAUAUUGAGAAGGCAUUCUUACAUGUACAGCUCGAUGAAAGGGAUAGAGAGUUCACCAAGUUCCUAUGGCUUUCGGACCCCGCCGACCCUGUGAAAACUAGCAUGGGUCUUUUGCCAUGUUGGUCAAUUGGUGUUAGUAAAUGA